GAAUGUAUGGUCAAUCUUUUCCUCUUUUAUUCGAUAGUACUACGUCGAUCACUACACAAACAAUACUAUGAUCAUUCCAGCAGAGGCACAAGUAGCUUCUCCACCCAUUUUCACUGAAGACGAGGAAGUCGUCUUGGAAGAGGAGGAUGUCGAACAACCUGAUCUGCGUCGAAUCGCCACACAUCUACAUGACCCAGCCUCCACAGCUACGUUGAGCGAUGAUCAAGCAGGCACAACUGCCGGACAGACUGUCUUAUCGCAUGAUCUGGAGAAGGGGGAGGGUCGUAUGGUAGUGGAUUUCGCAGAAGGGCAUUAUGAAGACCCCAAGGAAUGGUCGAAAGGAAAGAAAUGGUUUGUCACCAUUGCAACCUCUAUACUUUGUCUCACAGUCGCUCUUGGUUCCGCUAUGCCCACUGGUGAUUUACCUGGAGCUGCUGAAACUCUCCACGUUUCCAAUGAAGCUAUCUACCUUACUAUUGCCCUUUUCGUCGUUGGUUUCGGUGUCGGUCCUCUUCUGUUCGCUCCAUUAUCUGAAGUCAUUGGACGGAAGACAGUCUACUGCAUCAGUAUUUUCUUUUAUUUCAUCUUCACCCUCCCGUCAUGUCUCGCGCCCAAUAUCGCCACAAUGUUGGCUGGUCGUAUGAUCGCCGGUAUCGCCUCUUCGGCUCCCAUGACCAAUGUGGGAGGUACCAUUGCUGAUAUCUGGUCGGUUGAGGAACGUGGUAUUCCUAUGGCUCUUUUCAGUGGUAUGAUUUUCAUGGGACCUUGUCUUGGACCAUUGUUUGGUGGUUGGAUCGCUUACAAGACCGGACAAUGGCGAUGGAUUUACUGGGUUUUGUUCAUUUUUGUCGGAGUCGUCUUCCUCUUCACGCUCGUUAUGCCUGAAACUCUCGCCCCUGUCCUCCUACGACGGAAAGCCAAGAAACUAAACAAGGAGAACCACGUUGACUCCUAUGUUUCGAAACAUGAUCUCCACCACGUUCCCCUUUCCACCACUCUGAAAACUGCCAUGAUUCGACCAUUCAUUCUCAUGUUCAUGGAACCCAUUAUCUUGUUCAUGAGUUUUUACUUAUCUUUCGUCUACGCUCUGCUCUAUGCCACUUUCUUCGCCUUCCCAAUUGCUUUCGAAGAAAUUAGAGGGUGGAAUAUGGGUACCACUGGCGUUAGUUUCGUAUCUAUCAUCAUCGGUAUUGCAGCUGCCUUGCUCUGUAUGCCCUUUCAAGAAAGAAUCUACAAAAAGGCUUGUCGAAAUGGUCAAGUCCCUGAAGCGAGAUUGUACCCCAUGUUACUUGGUUGUGUCAUCCUCCCAAUUGCUCUUUUCAUCUUAGCUUUCACAUCGUACCCUGGAAUCCACUGGAUUGGACCUUGUGUCGCUGGUGUGCUUUUCGGAUUUUCAAUGGUUAUCAUUUAUAUCUCUGCCAACAGUUAUAUUGUUGAUUCCUAUGCUUCUUUCGCUGCGUCAGCCAUUGCUGCCAAGACACUGAUGAGGUCUCUCAUCGGAGCCUCAGUUCCUCUUUGGAUCACUCAGUUAUUUCACAACCUUGGGUUCCAAUAUGCUGGUCUCUUUUUAGCACUCAUAUCUUGUGUUAUUAUUCCCAUUCCUUGGGUCUUCUUCCUCAAGGGUGCAGCUGUCAGAAAGCGAUCAAAGAGAGCCGAGAAGUCUGGUACCAAUUAAUGUAUGAAGAAGAAUCUCACAUAACUACAUAUUAUAUUUUACACUUAUAAUUCGCAUAGACCUAAUCCACAUAGACCACAUUGACUUAUUAUGCAUAUAUACCAU